AUGUCGGAGACAUGGAUAGAGGAGAAGGGAUGGGGAAAGGUAAAAGAUAGAUUACCGAAGGAGUUUACAUGGAAAAUGCAGACAGCAAAGAGAAAGAAUAAAAAGGGAAGAGCGAGGGGAGGUAUGCUGUUAGGAGUGAAGAAGAAUAUAAGGGUAGAAGAAGAAGGGGAGGAGGAAGAGGAGGGAAGAAUGGUCUGCAGGAUAUACGCGGCGGCAUUAGGGGAGAGAUUGAAAGAAGAGAUGGAGACAAAGGAGAUGCUGUCGGAGAGCCAAGCGGGGUUUAGAAAAGGAACGGGAACAGUAGACCAGAUAUACGCGCUAAACUACCUAAUUAACAGAGAGAUAGGUAAGAAAGGAGGUAAAAUGACGGCGGUAUUUAUAGACCUGAAGGCGGCAUUUGAUUCAAUAGAAAGAAAGAUUCUAAUAAGGGUGAUGAGGAAAAGGGGUAUAAGAGAAGCAUUGGUGAAAAGAAUAGAAGAAAUAGUAAGGGAAACAAAGAGUAGGGUGAAAGUAGGAGAAUACUAG